AUGGUCUUGGCUAUGGCGAUGUCACCUUUAGACACAACAACAAAAGCACAAUCUAUGAGUGAAAUGAUUGGAGUGGACCAGGGCCUGAAGAAGAUGCAGGCCAACAAUGCCAAGGCCAUGACUGCGCGUGCUGAGGCUAUCAAGGCCCUUGUCAAGCCCAAGGAGGUUAAGCCCAAGAUCCCAAAGGGCGGCAGCUGCAAGCUCAAUCGACUUGCCUACAUCGCUCACCCCAAGCUCGGGAAAUGUGCUCGUGCCCGCAUUGCCAAAGGUCUCAGGCUCUGCUGGCCAAAGGCCAAGGCCAAGGCUCAAACCAAGGCCCAGGCUGCAGCUGCAACCCCGGCUCUGACUCUGGCUCCUGCUUCUACUCCUGCUUCUACUCCUGCAGCGCAGGCUCCCAAAGGUGCCCAGGCCCCCACAAAGGCUCCAGUGUAGAGGCUUCUGCCUGCCAGUGUGAGGACGGAAGGACUGGUAUGACCCCUGGGCUUCUGUCUGCAUGGGCCUGGUGUCCUCCUGUGCUAUUUGUACAAAUAAACCUGCGGCAGG